CUGCCAGCUCAGAGCUCACAGAGAGAGAAGUCACUGAGAGAGAACAGCCAGGACACAAACUGACACAAUAGCUGCAAUGGAUAUAGAUGACAUGAAAGAUUAUAUUAUGAAUUUCACCCUUAAUGACUGUAAACCUCAUGGCAACCAGGGCUAUAAGCGAGUGCUCCUGCAGCUGUUUGGUUAUUUAGGUCAUGGCAAGUCGUCCUUUAUCAAUACCUGUAAGUACGUUCUGGAGGAAGGAGCAUAUAAAAUGUAUUCUGAUGUUGGUAGUUCACAUGGAGGGAAGACUACAAAGAGAAUAUCGUACCCACUCACUGGCAACAUCACUUUGGUUGAUAACCGCGGGUGCGCAACGAUGAGCGAUCAAGAGACGGGGGAGAUCUACGCUCAGCUCGGUAAUCUUCUGCCCCUGAACAUGGAGGUGGCAUGGCAAAAGGGGUAUCAGUAUAUAAUGACACGAAUCAUGGAUCAUGAAGUAGUUGACGAUCAGUCAGAUUUUGUUGUUCCGAUUUUUAUAUACAGUGUUAAGAAGGGGAUUUCACAAGAAGAAGUUCCUGAAGUAAAGACUUUGCUUGAUAAUGCUAAGAAAAUGACAGGACUGGUUCCCAUUGUGGUUCUCACAUUUAAAUCACAAGGAAAACUGACUGAAGUUGAGGCAACAUUUAGAAACAUGGGAAUCGACUAA